AUGGUUCACGCUAUCCCCACCCUCGCGGCCACUGCUGCCUUCUUCUCCUCCUUCGCCUCGGCCCACUACUUCUUCCCUCACCUGAUCGUCAACGGCGUCAAGUCGGCCGAGUUUGAGUACGUCCGCAGGUCCACUCAGGGCUACCAGCCGCACGCCGGCUUCGACAUCUUGUCGAGCAACGAGCUGCGCUGCAACACAGGCGCGCAAGCCAACGCCGCCAACACCAAGGUCGCCACCGUGAAGGCCGGCGACUCUCUUGCCUUUGGCACCAACCUUGCCGGCAAGAUCCAGCACCCCGGACCUAUCCAGGUCUACAUGUCGCGUGCUCCCAACGGCGACGUCAAGAGCUACGACGGUUCUGGCGACUGGUUCAAGAUCCACGAGCUCGGCGCCACGUUCCCCAUGCAGGCCUCCGGCGAGAACUGGCUCGUCUGGAACAAGAACACGCUCGACUUCAAGAUCCCCGCCAACGUGCCCGCGGGCCAGUACCUGGUCCGCAUUGAGCACAACGCGCUGCACCGCCCCAGCCGCACCGAGUUCUACUUCAACUGCGCCCACGUCGAGGUCACCAACAGCGGCGCCAGCCAGGAGCCCACCGACACCAUCAAGUUCCCCGGCGGCUACAAGACCACCGACCCCGGCUUCAGCCCCAACUACAGCAUCUACUCGGGCGCCACCAGCUACCCCUUCCCCGGCCCCGCCAUCUUCGGCUCGGGCGCUACUGCCAGCGCUGCUGCCGGCAACGCCACCAGCGAGGCUGAUGCCUCCGAGGAGGAGGAGAGCUCUUGCACUCGCCGUGUCAAGAGAAGCCGCAUUGCCCGGGCUCUCUAA